CAGUCUCUUGCCGUCUCUUGCUCCUAGUCCAAGUUACACCAGAAUGACCGUGAUAUGGCUACUAUGGCUACCUUUCACCUUGGCGGCUCCCAAGAUUUUUCCACUAGUUGAUCCAGGACUGUUUGUGAUCUCUGGAGUGAAGACUUGUGGUGGAGGAGGAGGCUACUGCUUGUUGGGGCUGGAUUGCACUCUUGAUGAGGAUUUUCUACCCGACACUGGGGUAGGGCAGCACUGUGAGGGGCUCAAAUCAGCCUUCACCCCCAGCGCUCACUUUGUGUGCUGCAGGGCCACCAACAGAACUGGCUACAAGCCUCCGCUCGCUAUGGCGACAACACACCCAGAACCCAUGACAGCAAGGACCACGACCCUCAACAUACUAGAAAAUGAAAUAGAUCAAGUGUUGCAGAAAGUAGCCCAAAGUGUAAACUCUGUGAAAAAAUCACCUGUGACAGAGGCGACUUUGCCGAUUUCUGAUGACAAUGAUGAUUCUGAGAUUCAUGAAUCAGCUGAGGCUGAUGAAGAGGAAGGGGGAAUAGAAGAAGUGGAAGAAGAGAUGGUGGCAGACUCACCUUUAGAAAUGUGGCAAGACAUUUCUUCUGAAGAUGAUGAUGAUGAGAAAGAUAAAGAUCCAGGAGUGCUGGAAGAUAAAAAUGGUACAAAGGUAUUAGUGGAAUCAAAUGAACCAGAAAAUGACAGUUCUAUUAUGAUGUUUUCGUAUGACCAAACACCGAAGAUAGAGGAGUAUAUAAUUGAAAAGAACCCAGAGGAAAAUACAGUUAGUUCCUUGGAUAUAUUAAACGGUACUGUAAAAGAAGAAAAUAGUAAAAGUAGCAAUGCAAACAUAGAAAAAGGAAAUGUUCCACAAGAGAGUGUAACAAACAAAGAUAAUACACUAGAUGACGAUUCCUUAAACACAACAGCUCAAGAAGGUCCUCAAGAUACUAAUGACACAAUCUACAAUAAUAAAGAAGAAAGUCCUAUUUAUCCUCAGGAAACUACAGAUAAUCUGAAAAACAUUAGUGCUUUGGAGGAUGAAAUCCCACACAUGUCUACGUCUAUGGUUUCAAAAUUACCUACCCAAGAAACAACUCUUUUGCCAACUGAAGAUCCUCUAACCGAUGACCAGCAUAAUGAGACACCAGAAGACCCAAUACCUAGUAGCAAAGAAAAUGUAGAAGAUAUCUUAAACUCACCUGUUAUACCAACAUUAGAUACAAAGAAAAAAGUAUCGAGUGAAGAUAAUUUAACAAAUAUUAGCAAGGAAACUGAAACCACCAAUUUAAAGCUAAGUGAGAAUGAUAUAUAUCAGGAAAAUAUAGAUCUUUCACAAAAUGAAGACCCGAAUUCUACUAUUGUUGAUGAUGAAAAUCAAUUAGAACCAGAUAUUAUGGUGAAAGAAAAUGAUUCACAGGUACAUAAUGAACAAGCCAUAAGUGACACCAAAUCUUCAGAAAAUACAACAGAAGGGGGUGAAAAGCUAUUGGAAUUGGGUGUUAUGGUCAAGGAACAUGACUCGCAGAUGCAUAUUGGAUCAGAAUUUGAUGACACAAAAUCAUCUAAAAAUGCAACAGAAUCGGAUGGAAGCCAAUCAGUUACAGCAACAACCAUGCUUCCUGAGUUACACCUGUCAAAUGCCAUUCAACCAUCUGAAAUACAGACUCAACCCGAGUCCACUGACCCUUGUGCCAAGGUUACUGAUGGAAAAUGCACUCAGGAAGUUAAAUUUGUCUCUAACGAUCAGACUUUAUGUUUUGGAUCGGUUUAUGCAUUAGAUUGGGUUGUUACUUCAGCCUCAUGUGCUCUGAGGAUAUUCCGGGCUGGAACGCCAAAUGUCAUCGUUUCUCCUCUAACAGAGAUGUCAAAAGGACACGUGAAGACAAUUGUGGUUCACGAAAGUUACGCAGAAAACUCUGGAAGUAGUGGGCAAGGAAUGGAACCCAACAAUAUUGGUUUAGUGCAACUCCACACUCCCAUGGUGGAGUGGUCACGUUGUGUCCCUUGUCUACCUGAGACAGACAAGGAGUUCCCAGGGAUCAACUGUUCUGUAUGUGCUGCAGGUUUAGUGCAACUCCACACUCCCAUGGUGGAGUGGUCACGUUGUGUCCCUUGUCUACCUGAGACAGACAAGGAGUUCACAGGGAUCAACUGUUCUGCAGUCACAUCUCAACCUUUAGCUCCGUCCCCUCUGCGGCUCUGUGCCCAAUCAGAAAACUGUGAGAUGGCAAGAUCUCAAAGUACAAUGAACAGCUGUGAUGGUCCAAGUCGCAUGAUGACAGACGACAUAGGCUACUCCUACAUUACUCUUAACUGUGAUAUUCUUUGGGAACCAAGAUUCUAUGACCCAUCAUCUAGAGGCUCAGGGGCCCCACUGUUCUGUGACGGGGGUGUCUUAGCGGGUGUAGAGACUGGAGCGGGGGUGGGUCUGAUGGUCUACACUCCUCUCACACCCUACAUACCUUGGUUGCUCAAGAACACACGACCCGGUCCUCCCGAGCAAACCUUCAAUGUCGGCUGACUGCUCAUCUCCUAGUUUAAUGUUAACUGUGUAUAUUGUUAUUGUUAAGUUUCAUUGUUAUGUGUAUGCUUUAGUUACUAUUUAUUGCUGUUAAAUAUAAUAUUCU